AUGUUGGCGUCUCCAAAAAAGAACAGCACCUCGCGGCGCAUGUGGCGGCUCUCGAACUGUCAAGCGUCGACGCAAACCGGGUGCCGUCGGCAUGGACUCACAGGCAUCGGAUUUCCGUCAAAGACGAGUGCAGUGCUCAAAAAACCGCUGUUCGCUACUGUUGCGGGCCGGAAAGCUCCGUCAUUUUGACGUGGCUCUUAUCUCCCACCGCGUGAUUUUCCUCUUCUGAUUCAGCUCUUAUUCCGUUUUUUUGACAAGAAACGAUUUCUCUUUUAUACUCCUACAUCACUUCCAUUUUUUGAUGUGUUGGUUAUCCAGCCAUUUUCUGGAAAUUUCUUAGAAUGAAGCUCUUGUGAUUGCGUCCACGUAGUUACCAUUUGCAUUAGUAUCUUUCGUUGUCGCCAUUGACGUUGAUUCGAGGGAAAUACUGGAAGAUCCAUGCGAAUAUCCGAAUAGGGGCUGGAACUCGUCGGGAAUUCGCUGUCUCCACCUUUACACUGCUAUUCUCAUCUCGCCUUUUCCGUAGAAUAGCUGGCGCCAUUGACAAUUCCCUGUGAAUAUUAUAAAGCUUUCAUUUUUCCUGAUUGAUUGGUUUUUGAUCAUCAAGCUUUUGCAUAAUGUUGAUUUUUUCCUAUUCACGUCUAGAGUCGACAGUCCCCAUGAUCUUUUAAAUCUUGGAAAGUAAACCGAAGGUCAACAAUCAAAAAGUUACGUUUAAUCUAGGUACUUGUUGUAUUUGAAUGGCUGCGUCUUUCUGCUUCCGAAUUUUUUCUUCUGAAAAUUCUUUUAAAAAAAGUUCCUCAAAAAUAACAACCGAAUAGAGUAAACGAAGAAGCUGAACUAAAAAUCUUUUCUUUUUUUUGACAGAUAGACUGAAAUUGAGAAACCUUGUAAAAAAAAAAACGAAACUGAACAAUUUUACAUACUUUUUCUAGUUUUUGGUGAUGCAGUUUUUGGAAUAUCGUCGAGAAGCAAAAACCUUAUCAAAACGAAUGAAAAAAAAACGAAGAAUUUUCUAGAUUUGCCUUUGUCGGGAAACUUUUUUUCAUAGAGUUCCCGUUCCCGAUAAAGAAAAACAAUUAUACUUUUUUUAAAAUUUCUUCCAUCUAUGUGGCUGGCUAGCCUUUCGAAAGCUAUCUCUUAGCGGCUAUUUUACAUGACCCACUCAAAAAGUGUGAGAACGAAACGGCUCGCACCCAUUUUUUCGGCUUGUUUGUGUUUGCCGGUCUUGUUUAUUUUUUGUCCGUUGAUCCUUUUUUGCCUUCUUUCCAUUCGCCCCAUGCUUCCGAAAAGACCUUCUGGGAUGCUUUUGGCAAAUUUUUCAAAGCAAAAAAAUUGUGUAAAGGCCCUUCGAGCUCUCUGUUUCUUUUAUAGAUAUUUAAUUUUUUCUUUGAAUCAUACAACCAGAGCAGUUGAUUGAUGAGAACUGAGACUUUGGAGCAUAUUUCAAGCCUUAUCAAGUUUUUUGGCGAUCUACCGACGUAAUCCUUCUUGUGAUUUCUAAAUAUUGUUCUCUCACUUCAUUUCUUUAUUUUUUGAAUUUCGAAAAUGCUUGAAUAGGAUUAACGCUCGAAACGGAAAAUAUAAUCUGUAAAAGCUACAUUAAAACGCUAACCUUAAGUCCAAAUUUUAAUUAACUUACCCCAUCAUAUAUUUAAUCCGCUAUCUGCUUUUUUUUUCUACGAUGAACUAUUCGUCUUUCAUUCAAUUAUAUAGGAAGGACAAGGUAGAGAUUUUCGACGUGUGUGUUUAUUUUUUAUGAGGAUUGACCCAGUUUGGAAACAGGAGCACGAAAGCAAAAAAAAACGUAACGAUGCAAGGUUUAUAAUGCCAAAACUCUUUCUAAAAAUCAUUCAUUUGAUGCUAACAACUGCAAAGUUUUUAUAAGGUUAUUUAUAUAACAUAGGCAAAGUCGGAAGGACCAUCCGAGGGUUCAUAAAGGCUGCUGAAAGACUCCAUAGAAAUGUUCUUUUUAGGGUGGUGAAGGCUAUCUUUUUGCUGCCUUUUUGCGCCAUUUUCUCAGCCCUUAUGCACCAUUUUUGCUGCCUCUCCCUUUCUCCACCAUUUCUUGAGCCUUUAAAAUUCUAAAAAAAAUAGAAGGCUCGAUGAAGGGUCUCUCUUUGCUGCUUUUUUGCUGCCUUUUUGCUGCCUUUCUUCGGCCUUUUUUGAGCCUCUCCUUUUUCUCCCACUAUCCACCCUUCCGACUUUGCCCGAUAAUAUAUUUGCUUUGCUGCUCACAUACCAGUUUCAAAGUUGUUUAUUUAUCGAUCAGACGACAUUUACCUGUGUCUUGCCUUGAAUCUUAUUCAGUAAUUAGGCUGCUCUCAACUGAAGCUUGUGUUUUUGUUGAAUCGAAAAACGUUUUCGAUGUGUCUAUAGGAAAAAGAGUGUGUUGCAGACGAAUGCGCAGCAGUUGCGACGACGCAUGAAGAAGCCGAGCCGGGAAUGUACAAACUGUUCGCCGUCGUCCUCUCGACCUUGGCUGCCGCUCAACACGAACGCGAGUUCUUCUACUUUCCCUCAUUUUGGUUGAUUUCGAAAGGGAGAAUAACUAGUUGUCGCUCCAUUUUUUUCUCUUCGAGCGGAUAAUCUUUUGUACACCAAGUUAAUUGUUUGUAUUUCAGGACCGACGUCUUCUAGGGAUGCCGUCGGAGGUCCGCGACAUGGAAUCGAUUUUUUGGGACCCUUGUGGUUAUCGAGAACUUUCAAAAUCACGUGCUGUCGGCGUGGUUCGCCUGUAGCAGAGAAUCCGGAGGUGUGAAAACUUUUUCAUAUCAAGAUUUUUCUGCAAGUGAAACCACUUUAAAAAAAUUUUUCAAUCAUUUUUCACCGUUCCACACUACAUCCCCUGAUAAUGCCGUAUGCAAGGUGGUUCCAGCAAAAUGCAAAAUCAUCUUUGACUCUCCAAAAUGAGUUAUAUAUUUUUUUUCUUUGAUGGCUAUUUUGAAUGUCGAGAAAUCACUUUGAACACGGCAUUAUACUUUUUUUUGGGAAGUGAAAAAAAAAAGUCGAAAAUUUUGAUAAAGCAAGUCAAUAACUCAAAAUAGAAAGAAAAGCUACUUUAUUAGUUUAUGGAAAAGACAUUUUUUGGAGUUUUUAAGUUAAAAGAUGAAUAUUCAAAUAAUUUGUAAUUUUUUGAAUCGCGUUUACGUACAAGAUUCAAAGAGAGCGUCUAGAUUAGCGGUUUCUGUAACUGUUUUUCGAAAAAAAAGGUUUAAAGUGAUUUGUACGAAGAUUUUAUUUGAACCAGAUCCGAUCUCUGAUUUGAGAUUGCUGUAAAAUAAAAAAAGUAGCAAAAUGAUGAAAUGAGACCUGCAGCUGAUCAGCAACUGGACUCAAACGGCCUCAGACUACGCGGUCGACGAAAACGCGGUCGACCAUCCUCGAGACGACCACUGCCGCGUUUUCCAGGGCACCUUCUUGCUCUCGGCCGCCGCCUUGUACAACACCAGCUUCACGGGUUACGGUGUUCAGUGCAAGUGUCCAGGUGCGUGAAAUGCCCUAUGGCUGAAAUCGGAACUCAUUUAAGUUAACCUGGGACCGCUUGAUCAGCACUGUCGACAGUUGGCGCCGUGCCAAAAUGGAGGCUACCGCAGUCAAACGAUGGGUCGUCGUUGCUCCUGUCCGCAACCCUACUUCGGCGACUUCUGCGAGAAAGCUUGUGAUCAAGGACAAGUUCUAGUUGGUCCGGGCAAAAAUCUCAGCUUCUUCUCAAAGCGAUCGUUUUUGUUUCUAGGCAUCGAUGGACACAACUACUGCAGCUGUCUGCCGUUCUAUCAGGGAGAAAUGUGCACCGAACUUGUUUGCCUCAACGGAGGUUCCAUAAAAUCACCCUCCGUUCAAUCAGAGCGCUUCUUGAGGCUUCGAAAUCCGUGGCCGAUGCAGUUGUCCACAGAAUUUCCUUGGCUACCAUUGCGAGAUCGACGGCAACCGCACGGCAAGGGCCAACUCCAGAUUUCAGCGCUACGGCGAGGUAUUAGAGAUCUUCUUUUAUUGUUCUUUAAAGGAUGUCGUUCAUCGUUACACGCUAUUAGUACAGAGUAAAAAACUUGCUGAGGAGUCAAGAGUAUUCGAUUUUUGCAACUUUUUUUUCUGAUAUUCAAGUCAUAAACCUCCCCUCAAGUGGGCUUAAUGACAAAAAAAUUGUUUCAGGCGAUUAUAAAUUUUUGACAGUAAAGUUGGAUUGUUUCCUUUUUGAAAAAGUUUCGGCCAAACAGAAAAUUUGGCCUUUUCGUUAUCUUCAAGAAUUCAAGUUAGCGUUCGAGUCCCGAAAAAAACGUCAAUGCACCAAAAACACAGAAGAAAAACAGUUUUAAAAGAAAAGGAUGCUUUCCGUUUACGCUCACGUUACAAUUUUUUUUCAGAGACUCAAAUAUUUUUUAAUUCAGUUUUCUGAUCUAAAUUGCUCUUCGGAAGAUUCCAACAAGGAAUGUCUGAAGCGAAUAUCGCAGGUCUGGUCUAAACUUCUCCGGUAAGUAGUCCGUGAUAAGAGUACUUGAAAAUAAAAAAAAAUCUUCUCGUGUUAUACAAAACUGAGAAAACGCCUGUAGAUGAAAUGCCGAAAAAGUCUGGAAACUGUUUUUCAUGUUUUUAGUAGAAACUAAAGUUUCUUUGUCAAAGCAGUUAAUUUCAAAAAACAAAGUUUGAAAAGUGGCUUUUUCAGGCGUAUGCCCAUUUUCCUCCGACUUUUUCUCGGUUCCCUAUGAUGCUCAGCAGAUAAAUUGUUUUUGAUCACUCUCACCUAGGACUACCUGUUGAAAAAAUUUGGACCGGACUUGCAAUGAUCACCUCGGACAGUUUCCUUGUAAAAAUAGAAUUGAGUACGAGAUUUCAAUUUCUCUUCUGUUAGUUCUUCAAAUUUUUAUUUUUGAUCACUUUCCAUUGUUAAAAAUUUCUGAAAAAAAAACGCUCGUUCCGUUCAUUUCUACUUUAAAGCGAUUUUUCUUUCUUCUCGUGCAGGUUAAUGUCGGUUUCAAUUCAUCGGGUGAAAUUCGGAACAGAAAUAGCAACGAUGAAUUUUAGGGAGGCGAGCUGUUCAGUCGCGACAUUUCCGGCACUGUUUUUAGUCUGGUAAUGAUCGUCGUGCUUGUUGUGUCGAUGUACCUGCUGAUGAAGCAUCGAAUGCAGGUAGACCGAAACUUCCGAGUUUCGAGAGAAAUAACGGACAUUUUUAAGGUACAAUCGCACAUUGUGGCUUCUCGUCGAGAUGAGUUGAGCCGGGCCGCUGCGGUUUAUGGCAUCGGUGAGAACUGGGCAAACUGUUUAGGAAAGGGAGAGGUUCAGGUCGAGGAGGGGAGACGAUCGCCAGGGACGACUUGCGGAUCGUUCCCUUCGUCGCCGCCGGAAUCCAUGCCCCGCCCCCUUAUGCAACGACGAUGGCACCUCGAGGUUUUCUUGGUUCCGAGUGAACUCGAAAGUUUGGUGUGAAGGAAAAAUUUGUAGUAUAUUGUUUCAUUGAUAAUUUUGAUCAAAAUCAAUUGAUGCGGAUUAAAGAAAAUCAGUAUAAACAACUCAAAAAAGCUCUUCAGGUAGUACUAUACAGAUAAAAUUAUUUUACAGUUAGAAAAAUCGUUUAGGAGUUUCAGAAGUGAAUGUGGUUGAAUUCUCGCCCGAAUAUUUGAAAUAUAUAAUUUGUUGAAAAAAAGGUGACUUACGGACGCCGGUGCGUUCGGAACGUUCGGGACGCGCCAAUUUUCCUGGCUCUAAAAUGUUUUUAUGGUUUUUUUUAACGACGACGCCUCGUAUUUUUGUUAUACUAUAAGUUUUAUCAGUAAAUACGGUAUGAAGAUAACUGAACAGAAUUUAAAAAAAAAAAAAAAAGGCAAAAGAUUAAGCAGUAACGGGAAUAAGUGAACCCUAACGAGUAGACUCUAGGUUAUUUUUGUUUUAAGCAGUAAAUGGGAGAUCACGUUGGUGUUUUUAUCUACUGGAAUGUCUUGCGUAACAGAAAACUUCAAUUUUUUGUUUUAAAAAAGUAAAAAGUAAUUUAUUUUUUUCUCAGGCCGGAGUCGUCCAGAAGUUUUGCCUCCGCUUCCCAGCUAUGAAGAUGCCACAAAAGACACAGUCAUAGGGUUUUUGUUUUUCAUGAAGCAAAGAAGAAACCAGGAACUUGCAGCGCGUCGACGGAGUCAGAGAGCUCCCGCAACGUUCCCCCAUCUGUCCCGACAGAGAUGGCUCCGACUGAACUUGCGCCGUCGCCCUCAGAAGACGCAGCAACGGUGGCUCGAAACGUCGCCUCUCGUCGCAGUUUGUAG